GAGGAGAAGAAAAGAAAAAAGAGAUGCAAAAUCGGCCACCGUCAUCGUCGCCGCCGUUACAAUCGCCACCGUCUCCGAAGCUGCAAUCGACUUGAUAUGAUGCAAGGCUUCCACCAUCAGCAGCAACAGCAGCUGAUUUCGCUGCUCUCCGCGGCUUUACCAACUGACCCCUCCGCCGCUUCUCCUCUUCCGUCGUCUUCUUCAUCGGAACCCGUCGCUCCUCCAUCAACGGCGGCUGCUAGUAUCAAUGCUUCAGCUCCGUUUAGAACCAAAAAGACCAAAAAGACCAAAAAAUCCGUUCCGGUGGGACAAAGGGAUUGUAAAUCGGAGAAGAACAUCGAUUCGGGUCGUCUAGCUGCUUUGAAGUCUCUACACAGAGCAAUUACUUACCUCCCGAACUCGCUCCUUAUCGCACAUUCAGCUUCUUAUCUUUCUUCUGGUCUCUGGCAGCUUCUCUCUGACAAGUCUUAUGAUAUGAGACAGGCUGGUGUGUCUGCAUAUGGAGCUCUCUGUGCUGUUGUAUGUUCUAUUCCUGUGGAAUCCAGUGGAAUACAAAACCUUAUGAUGCUGGUUGAUAGCUUCAUUGAUUGGGCUUUGCCGUUGAUUCGAGAUGUUAGUGUUCAAGAUGGGAGCACGGUUCUUGCAGUUGAAGGUGUCAGGGAGUUUCUUUCAGUUGGGGAUGUUAAUGUGAUAGGUAGGUAUGCUUUGCCGAUCCUCGACGCAUGCAAAUCACUUCUUGAAGAUGAGAGAACUUCCAUCCCUUUGUUGAAUCAGGCUUUGGGCGUUCUUUUGGUGAUCUCUUCAAAGUUUUAUAGUUUGUUUCAGCCUCAUUUUCUUGAUAUUGUUGAUGUGUUGCUUGGUUGGGCAUUAUUACAAGACCAAGCUGACUCUGACAGGCAGAUUGUCAUGGAUAGCUUCUUGCAGUUUCAGAAACAUUGGGUAGAUAAUUUAGAAUUCUCAGUUGGGUUGUUGUCGAGGUUUCUGGGUGACAUGGAUGUAUUGCUUAGUGAUGGUAGUCAGGGAACCCCGGAACAGUUUCACAGGUUGCUUGCUUUGCUUUCCUGUUUCUUAGCAAUUUUGCGGUCCACUGCUUCUGGAUUACUAGAGAACAAUCUGCUAGAUAAGAUGGAUGAACCUCUGAGCGAAAUGAUUCCUCGGCUAUUGGGUUUCCUAUCUACCAUGGGGCAGAGAUUUGGAUGGGCGAAAUGGAUCGAAGAUCUAUGGAAGUGCUUGACUCUUUUGGCAGAAAUAUUGCGCGAUAAGUUUUCGACGUACUAUCCUCCUUCUCUUGAAAUGUUAUUCAAGAGCUUAGAACAGAUUGAUACUGUGAAUUCUGCAGUUCAUGGGAAGUUGACAACUUCUCAGAUCCAUGGGACCUUGAAAACUAAUCUUCAGUUACUGUCUCUGCAAAAGCGAGGCAUCCUCUCAUCAUAUGUGCCAAAGUUGCUCAGCUUUGAAUCUCCAAUAUCCCGGUUGCGAUUGCACUCAAAUCGUUUAGUUACAGCAUGUUCUUCUGACACAUACAUAUUCUUGCUUCAACAUGAGAGUGAAGAGCUUGUUCAGCAAGUGAUGGAAUUAUUGUUGAAAGAGCUUGAGUUGUUGAAGACUGUACUUGUGGACCCAUCGGACCUCCAAAACAAGACUUUCGAUGUUACAGUCUAUGAAUCCUUCUCAAAAAAUGAACUUUUGGCAAUGAUUAACUUUGACAUGAAGGUUCUUCUUUCCAGUGUUUCUCUUGGAGGGAGAAAAAGUUUGAGUGACGUACCUAAACUCGCUGCCUUGUAUCUUAAGAGGUCAGAGAAGUUGGUUUCCUUUGUUUUUGAAAAGCUGAAUCCUUUUGAGUCAUAUAUUGAUACCUGUUCCGAGUUGCAAGUCAGCAUUGUGAGGAUGUUAGAGUGUUUAGCUGCAGUUGAGCUCCUUAGCAACUGUUCCGUGCUAAUUCAGCCUGAAAACAAGGCUCUCAAAGAAUUGAAUCAUGGGAAGACACCAUUCAAGUGUACAUUUUUUACCAUGGUAAUUGAGCAUCUAAAGAAAUAUAGCGUAACAAUGGUUAGAGCUCUUCGUUUAUCAUCCCCUGUUGGUGUGAAGCUAGGGUCGCUUGAAUGGAUUCAAAAGUUCUGUGAGAACCUGAUUGCAAUAUCGAAGAAUUUUAAUAUAGAUGCUUACUUCUAUAAAUCAUUUCCAUUUGCUGGUGCAGUUAGAGAUAUAAUUAUGGCGGUUUUAGAUGCUGCAUUUGAUAGUGAACCGAAAGUGAGGAGUCGGUCUGCAAUGGUUUUAGAGCUGCUUCUGGAGGUAAAGCUGAUAAACCCAAUUCAUUUUUAUUCUCUGGCUGAAAUCCUCCUUGAAAAGCUUGGAGAUCCAGAUACGAGUAUAAAGAAUGCAUUCAUUAAGUUGCUUUCCCAUCUCUUACCAGCUACCCAGUAUGCUUGUGGCAUGCACAGUGAGGUAGAACAUAGGGCUCUAAGGCCCCAAGUUCUUAUGCUAGGAAACGGUUACUUGCACUGGAAGCAAGUCUUUGCACUGAAGCAACCGGACCAUCAUUUUCAGUCGCAGCAACUUGUUUCUGUCUUGAAUUAUGUCUCCCAGAGAUGGAAAGUUCCUUUUACUUCUUGGAUCCAAGGGCUCAUUAAUGCUUUUCAAGGAUCAAAGGAUACCGGUGCUAAGCAGCCUGAUGAAAACUUGAUUAAGAAUGGAUGGUUGGCUAUAAAAGCUGAGAAAAGCUCGAUCGAGAGAAUCUGCUUGGCAAAUAACCUGGCAGGGGCUUGGUGGGCUGUGCAUGAAGCUGCUAGGUUUUGUGUUAGCACACGCCUCCGUACCAACUUUGGUGGUCCUACUCAAACUUUUGCAGUCCUAGAGCGAAUGCUUUUAGACAUCACAACUGUGCUACAGGUUGAUAGCGAGCAAACUAAUGUUGGCUCUUCUGGUGCCCAUCUGUUACCAAUGAGGUUACUAUUGGAUUUUGUGGAGGCAUUGAAAAAAAACGUGUACAAUGCGUAUGAGGGGACUGCUGUUUUAUCCUCAUCGCUUCCACAAAGUGUCCUGUUUUUCCGAGCUAACCGGAAAGUUUGCGAAGAAUGGUUUUCUCGUAUAUCCGAACCAAUGAUGAAUGCUGGUAUAUCGCUCCAGUCUCACGAUGCUACGGUUGAGUAUUGCACAUUGCGGCUUGAAGAGCUAAGAAGUCGUGCAACAUUAGUGAAGAAAGAAAAGUCUAAAAUGCAGGAUUUUGACAAUGUUAACAGUGCUGGAGCUCAUAUAUAUUCAGACAUCUCAAGGAUUUUACGACAUAUGGCAUUGGCUUUGUGUCAGAAUCAUGAUGCAUAUGCUCUGCUUGGCGUUCACAAAUGGGUAUCAAUAAAUUUUGCUCCUUUGGUCGCAGAAGAAAGCAACCUGCAGAAGCUCAGUGGUGAUUUGGCGCUGUUUCCAUGGAUCACAGGGUUGAUUUAUCAGUCAGAAGGACGAUAUGAGAAAGCAGCUGCGCAUUUUGCUCAUUUAUUAGAGGAAGAGGACUCUCUCAGCACUAUGGGUUCUGAUGACAUUCAAUUUGUGAUUGAACGGAUAAUUGAGAGUUAUACUGCUUUAUCUGAUUGGAAAUCUCUAGAUUCCUGGCUUUCAGAGCUGCAGGCGCUUCGUGCUAGGCAUGCAGGCAAAAGCUUUUCAGGUUCUUUGACUGCUGCUGGAAAUGAAAUAAAUGCAAUACGGGCCUUGGCGCGUUUCGAUGAAGGUAAUAUUCAGGCAGCAUGGGCAUGUCUUGAUUUAACGCCUAAAACUAGUGUUGAACUGUCACUUAAUCCAAAGGUGGCCUUGCAAAGAAGUGAACAGAUGCUUCUGCAGGCAAUGCUUCUUCAAGCUGAAGGAAAUGCCCAAAGGGUUCCACCUACCUUACAGAAGGCCCGAUCAAUGCUAGAUGAAACUUCACUGGCUCUGUCAUUUGAUGGAUUAUCUGAAACAGCACCAUAUGCCACACAGUUGCAUUGCCUCUUUGCUUUUGAAGAGAGUCAUCAGCUGAGAGACAGUGAACCUAAACAGAAACACAGUAAUUUGAUGUUAAGCUCCUGCGUAUGGUCAAUGCAGUCUAUGAUCAAUAGAAUCCAUCGUGACUGUAGCCCUUGGUUAAAAGUUCUACGAAUUUAUCGGACAAUUUUGCCGACAAGCUGGGUUACUCUGAAGCUUUGCAUGGACUUGCUUGGGUUUGCCCGCAAGCAAGGAAAUUUCUUGCUUGCAAAUCAUCUUAAAGAGUAUCUGAAUGAUCAUGUAUCCAGUUGUGAUGAGGUUAAGUUGCAGGACUUUCUUAUAUCAAAUUUGCAGUACCAGGGAGCCUUGAUGAUGUAUGCAGAAAAUAAAGUUCAAGAUGCGGUUGUGGAUCUUUGGUCUUUUGUACAGCCAGAGGUAACUGCGUUAGAGCCAGUAUGUUUGGAUGCUGGUGUGGCCUUUUUAAAGGCAAAAGCAUGCUUAAAACUUGCAACUUGGCUCAAAGGGGAUGUUAUUUCCCUGGAUUUGGAAAAUGUCGUCCUGAAGAUGUCGACAAAUUUUAACAGAACUGAGAUUCCUUCAUCUGUAAGCAGGGAGCCUCUCUUAUACGAGAGCUCAAAACCAAGCAUAAAGGCUAUUAGUGAGGAGAUGAUUGGCACGGUUACAAAAGUGUCUACCCAGCUUUGUUCUGCAAUGGGAAAAUCAUGGAUUUCAUAUGCUUCAUGGUGUUUUCGUCAGGCAACAGAGUCUUCUUGCAAACCUAAUGACUCCACCCUCCACUCAUUCUCCUUUUCAAGCAUUCUUGCUCAAGAGAUCCAACCUGGAAGGUUUCACUUGACUGAAGAUGAGACCCAAUCCGUGGAGUCUAUUGUUAAGGAGCUUCUUCAGAAGGAUGAUAUCAAGGAUCUCACCGACACUGGGCAAGAUGGAAACUACCAUACAACUACUGCAGACCAUUCCGACGAAAGAAAGAAAGCAUUGCAGCAGCAACUGAUUGAAACGAUAGAAAAUGCCGCUGCAGCUCCUGGUGCAGAAAAUUGUGACUGGGAUAGUCUCUCUGUUCAUCUAGCUUCUCAAUUAACUGAUUUACUGCUGUGCGCAAAGCAAAAUGUGGAAGAUACUGAUAUAGCACCAAUAGUUAAAAAGCUGAUUGAAGUCUGGUGGUCACUGAGAAAAAGAAGGGUAUCUCUCUUUGGGCAUGCCGCACUUGGUUUCACACAGUACCUUCGUUAUUCAUCCAAAAAUCUGCACACUAGUGAGUUUACAGGUGUAGACUAUGAUCCACUGAACAAAAAAUCAGGUAGCCAUACGUUAAGAUCAACACUGUAUAUUUUGCACAUCCUUCUGAACUACGGAGUGGAGUUAAAAGAUACACUGGGACAUGCUCUUUCGAUGGUUCCCUUGGAGCCUUGGCAGGAAGUAACACCUCAGCUUUUUGCUCGGUUGAGCUCUCACCCUGAGGAGGUAGUGCGGAAAGAAAUUAAAGGCUUACUGAUAAUGCUGGCGAAGUUGUGUCCCUGGUCCAUAGUGUAUCCAACACUUGUUGACGUGAAUGCUUGUGACGAGAAGCCUUCUGAAGAGUUGUUGCACGUAAAAGCAUAUCUGACUGAACUAUAUCCAAGAUUAAUCCAGGAUGUGCAGCUUAUGCUUAAUGAGCUUGGGAAUGUGACUGUCCUUUGGGAGGAGUUGUGGCUCAGCACACUGCAAGAUCUCCACAUGGAUGUAAUAAGGCGGAUAAACCUGCUGAAAGAAGAGGCUGCUCGUGUUUCUGAAAAUGUUACUCUAAGCCAGAGUGAGAAGGACGAGAUAAAUGCUGCCAGAUAUUCUGCCAUGAUGGCCCCUAUUGUUGUUGCAUUAGAACGUCGCUUAGCGUCAACCUCUAGGAAGCCUGAAACACCUCAUGAGGAUUGGUUCCAUGAGGAGUACAUAGAACGUAUAAAAUCAGCAAUCUUGACAUUUAAAACCCCUCCCUUGCCUGAUGCUCUGGGGGAAGUGUGGCGUCCACUUGAUAGUAUCGCUGCGUCUUUGGCUUCUCAUCAAAAAAAGUCAUCAGUAUCUUUAAAGGAAGUUGCUCCUAGUUUGUCUUUGUUAUCAUCCUGUAACAUUCCAAUGCCUGGUCUGGAGAAGCAGCCCACCUUAUCUGAAUCUGACACUUCACUUCACGGAAUAGUCACAAUUUCUUCUCUUUCAGAUCAUGUGAACAUCCUUCCAACUAAGACACGACCUAAAAAGCUUGUCAUGUUUGGCUCUGAUGGAAAGAAAUAUAUUUAUCUGUUAAAAGGCAGGGAAGACUUGCGCCUUGACGCUAGAAUUAUGCAAUUGCUUCAGGCUAUUAACACUUUCUUCUGCUCCUCUCGAUCAACAGAUGGUGGUAGUAUUGGCAUUCGCUAUUAUUCUGUCACUCCUAUUAGUGGUAGAGCUGGUCUAAUCCAGUGGGUAGACAAUGUUAUAAGCAUAUAUAGCAUUUUCAGGUCUUGGCAGACACGUGUCAAGGUUGCCCAAAUGCCGCCAUCGGCUCCUGGUAGUGCAAAAAAUCCAGAUCUACCACCUGUUCCCCGACCAAGCGAUAUGUUUUACGGGAAAAUAAUCCCAGCCCUCAAGGAGAAAGGUGUAAGAAGAGUAAUUUCACGAAGAGACUGGCCUCAUGAUGUUAAGCGUAAAGUACUAUUGGAUCUUAUGAAGGAGGUGCCAAAACAGCUACUGCACAAGGAACUUUGGUGUGCUAGUGAAGGGUUCAAAGCCUUCACAAUAAAGCUUAAAAGGUACUCUGGUAGUGUCGCAGCUAUGAGUAUAGUUGGUCACAUGCUCGGCCUUGGGGACAGACAUUUGGACAACAUUCUCAUGGAUUUUUGUAGCGGGGAUGUGGUUCAUAUAGAUUACAAUGUCUGUUUUGAUAAAGGGCAACGGCUUGAAGUUCCUGAGAUAGUACCAUUUCGUCUAACCCAGACAAUGGAAGCUGCAUUAGGGUUGACAGGUGUCGAAGGCACAUUUAGAGCAAAUUGUGAAGCUGUUCUUGGUGUUCUAAGGAAAAACAAGGACAUACUCUUGAUGUUGAUGGAAGUUUUUGUUUGGGACCCACUUGUUGAGUGGACCCGAGGAAAUUUCCAUGAUGAUGCUGCCAUUGGUGGUGAAGAAAGAAAAGAUAUGGAGGUUGCCGUUAGCUUGAGUUUGUUUUCAUCAAGAGUGCAGGAAAUCCGUGUUCGGUUGCAGGAGCAUCAUGAUCUCUUACUGGCAACAUUACCAGCUGUUGAAUUGUCUCUGGAGCGGUUUUCCAAGGUUCUGAAUCAAUAUGAGAUUGCAUCAUCUGUUUUUCUUCAAGCUGAUCAAGAAAGAUCAAAACUUAUUCUGCGUGAGACAUCUGCAAAGAAGACAGUUGCAGAAGCAGCUUGCAAUUCAGAAAACAUUCGCGCUUCUUUUGAGAUUCAAGCUCAAGAAUUUUCUCAAGUAAAAGCCUUGGUCUCUGAAAAAGCUCAAGAAUCAUUGGUUUGGAUGGAGCAGCGUGGAAGGAUCCUUGGUGCCUUACGAAGAAAUUUGAUUCCUGAAAUUACUGCCCCCACAGUGUUGACAAGUAAAUUGGGUUCUUUAUCUUUGACGUCUGCUGUUCUUGUUGCUGGAGUUCGACUGACUGUAGUUCCAGAGCCAACUCAAGUACAAUGCAACAAUAUUGACACAGAAAUUUCCCUUCUAGUUAAUGACCUCAGUAACGGCCUCUCAUCUGCUUUGGUUGCACUUCAAACAUAUUCUUUGGCUUUGCAAAGAAUUUUGCCUCUUAACUACCAUACAACAAGCCAGGUAUACGAUUGGGUGCAAGUCUUGCAGUUAGCUGCGCAUGCUCUGUCUACUGAUAUCCUAUCCCUUGCCAAAAGACAGGCUGGUGAACAAUUUGCAAAAUUACAGGGCGGUGACUCUCAUUCUGUCAGUAACUGCUACGAUGAUCUGUGUUGUAAGGUAGAAAAGUAUGCAGACGAUUUAAAGAAGGUGGAGGGAGAGUAUGCAGAGCUGGCUGCCUCAGUUGGAAUGGGGCCUGAAUUUAAGGCCAAGGAUCGUCUUUUCUAUGGUUUGAUUAAUUAUAUGCAGUCUCCAGCAUUUGUGGAAAGCACGAAUGCUGGUUUUAGUAAUAAAUUUGAGGCAACCGAAGGAGUGAGACUUCAGAACUCUGGAAAGAAAACGUCGAAGUCAUUAGCUUUGUUGCACACAUCGAUCAGUUCAUUCUAUGAUCGGUUAAAGGAACAAGUACAUUAUAUUUUGAAUGCUUCAGUGGAAAGAAAGGAAAGAAGCGAAAGCUUUGUAUCUGAGUCUAGGAGUCUGAGCACUAAUUUAGAGGCGCAGGUAGAGAUGUGUAUGAUAUUGGUGGACUUUCUUAACGAGGUAGAAUAUUGCGUUGGUCAGGAGAUUUCUACUGUGGAAGAAAGUUUGACUGGAUCCGCUCACCGUGUUAAAGAGAACUGGGCUUUGAUCUUCCACAGAACCUUGCUCUCAUCUAAGACAUUAAUCGCACACAUGACAGAAGAUGUUGUACCAGAUGUUUUAAAAACGUACUUGGUCAAUAAUUCAGAUUUUAUGGAUGCCUUUGGAUUGAUCUCACAAAUCCGUGGAUCCAUAGAUACUGCACUGGAGCAUCUCAUAGAGAUAAAGGUGGAAAGAGAUUCGUUGGUUGAACUUCAGCAAGACUACUUCAAAAAGGUUAGCCAUAUUACCGAGGGGCAGCUAGCUCUUGAAAAAGCAGCUUUGAAAAGCAGGGAACACCUAUCGUGGGAAGAGGCAGAGGAGUUUUCAUCUCAAGGAGAGGCUUGCCGGACACAGAUGGACCAGCUUAAUCAAUCGUGGGGCCAGAGAGAGUUCCAAAUAUUAUCAUCGCUUAUAAAGAAAGAAGCGCAAGUUAAAAAUGCUCUUAUCUCAGCUGAGAAACAGUUCCAGCUGCUCACUAAUGCAAAUGAGUCCAAUAAGCCUAAUGAUCUCAAAAGUUCAGGGAUAUUGGUUGAAUUGGUUAAGCCUUUCAGUGAAUUGAAACAGCUAGAUAAAACAUUAUCCUCCUUAAGCAGCUCAGCUGUUUCUAUGUCAGAUUUGAUCCCUGCUUUUGGGGAUCUCCUGGGCUGUGGGAAAUCACUAUCUGAGAACAUGUCGCUUUUCAGAAGCGUACUUAAGGAUCAUUCCUUCUUCAUCUGGAAGGUAUGCAUCAUAUAUUCCUUCCUUGAUUCAUGUAUACAUGAUGCUACACCGUCUGCGGAUCAGACAUUAGGGUUUGAGCAGCUAAUUCUCCUUAUGAAGAAGAAGUUUGAGUUUCAACUUCAAGAACGAGUAGAUUGUUACCUGGCAGGAAGCGUUGCUCCUGCAUUUUUAUCUCAGCUGGAUAAAGAAAACGAGCGUUUGAAACACUUCUCAGAGGAAAACAGUGUUAGUGGGGAUCAAGUCAAACCAGAAAGUAGUCAUUUGAAACAAGUCCAUACAAUGCUCGAGGAAUAUUGCAAUGCUCAUGAAACUGCUAGCGCAGCAAAAUCAGCAGCAUCUCGUAUGAAAGAACAAAUUAAGGAAAUACGUGAUGCUCUUCGCCGGACAAGCCUCGAUAUUGUCCAAAUGGAAUGGAUGAACGACACUACAUUGACCCCAUCACAAAAUAUUAGGACUACACUGCAACAAUCAUUAGCCAGUGAUGAUAACUUACAUCCUAUAUUCUUAGACCUCAACAGAGCCAAGUUGCUCGAAAGUAUACGUUCCGCUAUUCCCCAAAUCACUAGGUCGAUAGAAAGACUACAAGCUUGCGAACAAAACUCAAUCACAGCUGAAGGACAGCUAGAGAGAGCAAUGGGGUGGGCCUGCGGUGGAUCUAGUUCCUCGGCCAAGAUGUCUGGUAUUCCUACUGAAUUUCAUGACCAUUUGUCGAGACGCCGGCAGUUGCUUUGGGAUGCUAGAGAGAAGGCAUCAAACAUUGCCAAAAUAUGUAUGUCUCUUCUGGAGUUUGAAGCAUCAAGAGACGGAGUUUGCCUAAACCCACGUGAAGCUCUUGAGCGUGAUGCAAAAAUCAGGGGGGACUCCAGGGCAUGGCAGGAAACUUAUCAGAACUUAGUUUCACGACUGGAGGUUACCUAUAAAUCUUUCACAGAUAUUGAACAAGAAUGGAAGCUUGCGCAAGCCAGCGUGGAAGCUGCCUCGACUGCCCUAUAUUCUGCCACUAAUGAGCUUUCUAUUACCUCCCUAAAAGCUAAGUCUGCGUCAGGUGAUCUGCAAAGUACUAUUCUCUCAAUGAGAGAUUGCACGCGUGAAGCUAGUGUUGCAUUAUCUUCUUUUAUCCGGGUAUCAAGAGGCCAAACUGCUCUGACUACAGAAUCUGGUGCAAUGCUCAAAGAGGUUCUUGCAACAACAGAGGAUCUGCAUGAUGUUCAUAGUUUGGGAAAGGAGGCAGCCACUUUGCAUCGUUCUCUCAUGGAUGAUCUUUCAAAGGCUAAUGCAAUCCUUACUCCGUUAGAGUCAACUUUGUCAAAGGAUGAUGCUCUUAUUGCUGAAGCUAUGACCAGGGAAAGCAAGACAAACAUCGAAGUUUCGUCGAAACAUGGACAAGCUAUAUACCAGUCUUAUGGUGUUAAAAUUAGAGAGAGUUAUCAGAACCUUAGGCCCUUGGUACCAUCUAUUGUAACUUCGGUGAAGGGUCUGUAUACAAUGUUAACUAGGCUCGCACAAAUUGCAAGUGAACAAUCUGAGGUUCGAAGUGAUGCGGCAUCUCCUCCAACACAGGCGCAUACUCGAAUCACAAGAGGUAAAAACGCUUAUGCACUGUCAGUUCUCAAGUCCAUGGAGAUGAAGAUAGAUGGUCGAAACAUUGCUGACAACAAGGAGAUUAGCAUUCCAGAGCAGGUGGAUUAUCUAAUCAAGCAGGCCACAAGUGUUGAUAACCUCUGUAACAUGUAUGAAGGAUGGACUCCAUGGAUUUAGACAAAUGAUUCGAAGCAUACAGAAGCUUAACCAACAGAGCACUUCAAGUCACUGAAGAGGCCACAUCAGGUUAUUGCUGACACAUUUGGUAUCUGAUGAAGUUGCACUCAACCGGGUCAUUGGUGUUAGAAAGCGGCUCUACCUUUUGCUUGAAUCGGGCAUGUCUACAAACAGGUUUUAAGAUUCAACGUUGUGGCUGUCUUAUCGAGCGCACAAACGCGACUUUAAGGUCUUGGAAUCAUAAGCAGAACACGGUGGAGAUGGGAGAUGCGUUACAAACUUUUUGGGGCUUCUUUCGAUGGAGCUCAGGGUCUACUUUUGCUCCUAACCUUUCAGAUGCAGCCGCACGAAGUUAAAACUCGAACAUCCUCUUGUGUGCACAGUUUGCGUUUGGUGAUUACUGGGGAAACAGUUUGCAUAUUAGCAUCAGUCACUAUUGUGAUCACUUAAUUAUUAAUAAAUUAAUCAAAUAUUUACGAAACCAGUUACUCUUUCAACAAUUGAGAGUAAUAUGCCUAUCCAGUUUUUAUGUUUUCA